CAAUUUAUAUGGAAGACUACGUGCCUGUGGUUACGACUUCAGCAUGGAAGGUCGCUCCGGCAUGUCAUGAAUUUCGACUUCAUCUUUUACCUCACGGAGAGGAACUGAAAGAGCAUGUAUCAGUGGACUUGCACGUUAAAUUUCCGAAAACGUAUCCACGUUCAGCACCAGACAUAAAAGUUGAAAAUGCACGCGGCCUUUCAGAGGAACAAUUGAAUGAAGCUAAAGCAAACAUAUCUCGGCUUAUUAAAGAAAAUCUUGGUCAAGAGAUGAUAUUUACUAUUGCUCAAUACGUUCAAGAAUUUAUAACUACGAAUAACAAAGGUGUUAAAGAUUCGCAGUCUUUUCAUGAGCAAAUGUUAAGUCGAAAUGAAAAAAUAACCAAGGCUGAACAAAAAAAAGCACUGGAAGAAAUGGAUCGUGCACGUCAAACUGAAGAGCAAGAACGAACAGCAGAGAACUUGUUAUUACUUCAAAGAAUUCAUGAGGAGCAGCAACGUUUAAAGGCAAAAUUUGAUGAAGAAAAGCAAAAAAAAAAGCAAUUGAAAGUUAAAGAUGUUCAAGACUCAAAAUCACUAAUGGAUACAUCCUCGGUGUUUAAAACUGUUAACUUUGAAAGAAAAAUUGUUUUGGAUCCCGGAGAUUCAUUGUCGGUUCCCUUUAGAUCUGUAAUACUUGGGCCAUUAGUAGGCAAAGGAAUAAUUGGUUCAACAUAUAUGGUUCAGGCAGUUAAUGUUCAAAUUAAUAAUAUAAACCCAAAGGACCGUCAUGUUUUAAUUUUGAAAGAUAUUGAAAUUUCUGAACCACACUACUUAGAGCCGGCUGGUAAGGAGAAGUUAGAAGAAAUUGAGAAGGAACUUGAUCGUAUUAAAAAGCUUCGUCAUUCGAACUUGGUUACUAUAUAUGAAUCCGAGCUUGAGAGAUGCACAUCUGGAUGGAAUUUGCACAUUCUUAUGGAAUAUACAUGUGGAGGCACGAUGGUUGAUUUAUUAAAGAAAUGUGGUGUUGUUCGCUUACAAUUAGCGAAGGAGUAUAUGAAGCAGUUGUUAGAUGCACUGGAUUAUCUACACGCUAACGGUUUUGUACAUAGAGAUAUAAAAGCUUCCAAUAUAUUGUUAUCCGAAAUUCCUGGGAAGGAUGAUUAUAUAGCUAAGCUAUCUGAUAUUAGUUAUCACAGAAAAUUAUUGGAUAUGCAUAAAGAAUUCCCAUUUGUUAAAUUUUCAAACGAAGAGCCGUGCAAAAGAUGGAUUUCACCCGAACAAAAAUCAAAAUCUAAUGUAUAUUCGAGAAAGAAUGAUAUUUGGUAUCUUGGUGUCAUUUUUGUGCAAAUGCUAUUCGGGUUAAAUGUUGUCCAAAGAUAUAAUUCAUUGAAUGAUUUGUUAAAUUCUUCCGAUCAUAAUAUUCCGCUAGCUGUUCAAGAUGUUCUCAGAACUAUGCUUGAAAAAGAUCAAUCAAAAAGGCCAACACCGUUAGAAUUGCUUGCAAAGCCUUUUUUCAGUGAAGGAUUAUCCAGUUCUUUGGAUACACCUUUGAAAUUCAUCAUGUCAACAGGAAGUGUAAAUUCUUCUAGAACCAUUGCUCCGCAAGAAAAUGACGAAUUAGCUGGUAGUUUUGGUGAGGUACAGCAUACAUAUUCCCCACCAAACUCUUCACAGCACCAUGCUCAAUUUUCUAGAUAUAAGCUUGAUUUUGAGGAAAUCGCGUUUCUCGGAAAAGGUGGAUAUGGAGAGGUGGUAAAGGCUAAAAACAAACUAGAUGGCAGGUGUUACGCAAUAAAAAAAGUGCGUCUAAAUCCAAAUGACAUUGAAAAAACUCGCAAGAUUUUGCGAGAGGUAACGACAUUAUCGCGAUUACAUCACCAAUAUGUUGUCCGCUAUUAUACAACCUGGUUUGAAGGCAAGUACUCGGAUGGCUCUUUGAAUGAGACAGAGACUUUUAGCGAAGAUAUUACUGGCGCUGUUGAUGAAGAAGGGGGUAUAGCAAAAAAUAAGGCUGUUUCCAAAAGACCACCUAUAAAAGAGGAAAAAUGUCGUAUACUUUAUAUACAAAUGGAAUAUUGUGAAAAUAAAACUUUGAAAGAUAUCAUUGAUAAUGGCGUAAAAGAAGAUGAAGGCUGGAGGUUAGGCAUGAUUCAUCGGGAUUUAAAACCAAGUAAUAUUUUCUUGGACGCAAAGGGUGAUGUGAAGAUCGGAGAUUUCGGAUUAGCAACUACAAAUGAGAGCGACGCAUUAUUUGAUCCGGGUACAUGCAGAUUAUCAACUUUUUACAGAAUGAAUAGUAGAGAAGAUUCCAUGACUGGAGAUGUUGGAACGCUCCUUUAUGGCGCACCAGAAGUUGCUACUAAUCCUGUAGUAGGAACCCGUUAUAAUCAAAAAGUGGAUAUAUAUUCAUUAGGAAUAAUUUUAUUUGAAAUUUUCUACAAAUUUUCUACUGAAAUGGAACGUCGAAUAACUAUUUUAAACCUUCGAAGGCCCGAUAUAACUUUUCCAAAGGAUUUUCCACUUGACAAAAUGAACAGACAAGUCAAUAUCAUUCGCUGGUGCUUGCAACACAAUGCUAAAAAUCGACCAACAAGCAUAGAUCUUUUAAAAUGUGAAUGGUUACCAGCUAAAAUUGAAGACGAACAUUUGCAAGAGUUCAUGAGAACAAUAGCCAAUCCAAACAAUCCACACUAUUUGUCUUUAAUCUCAGAACUGUUUGCUCAAUCAUCAGACAAGCAUAAAGAUUUUAUUUAUGAUGUUGGAAAUGUUGCUUUUAGUUCAACGUAUGCGCUAACAUUUGGAAGAGUACGUGAUUAUAUGGUUAAAAUAUUUCGUCAUCAUGGCGCGGUGGAAUUAAGUACGCCCUUGUUGAUGCCUAAAUCAGAUAUAUAUGAAGACGACAAAAAAGCAGUUUAUUUAAUUGAUAAAGGCGGAGGGAUUGUACAGCUUCCAUAUGAUUUAACGGUACCUUUCUCAAGAUAUGUUUCACGUAACAAUAUUACGGAUUUGAAAAGAUAUACAUUUGAUAGAGUAUAUAGGGAAACCAUUGAAGGGCAACCCCCUCGUAUAGUAAAUGAGGCCGAUUUUGAUAUAAUCCAUUCAACUCCUGCUCCUAUGAUUUCUGAAGCAGAAAUAAUAAAGGUGGUUGAUGAAGUUCUCGAAGAGUUUCCACCAUUAAAAACAAACAAUUAUUGUUUUUUUGUAAACCAUACAAACAUUAUAGAAACAAUUUUUGAAUGGUGUAGAAUACCUGUGGAGAUUCGACGUGGUGUAUAUAGUUUGCUUAGUCAGCUUGACAAAAAGUAUACAAUGAAUCAAAUCAAAACACAACUUAUGGAAAAGUAUAACUUGCCAAGGAGUGUGCUGGAUGAAUUGGUUCUUUUUGAUAUUAGAGGGGAUCUGGACUAUAUUUCAACCACUUUGGAUAAGUUGAUUCCAACAGCUAAUAUGCGUAGGCGAAUACAUGAAGCAAUUAACGAUUUCACUCUUUUGUUGACAUACACGCAAUGUCUUGAAGUUCGUCAUAAUAUUAUAUUUGUACCAUUGUUAACAUAUUAUAAUCAUCAUAACAAGAAUGGAAUGAUUUUUCAAACUGUUGACAGUAGCCGAAAAGAUGUGAUAGCUGCUGGCGGAAGAUAUGAUUCAUUAAUACAAAAAUUUCGAUUUCCUAUUGCAAGUGGUGUGUCUGUUGCUCGACAACAAAUUUUCGCAGUUGGAGUUAAUAUAGCCAUACAAAAAAUAGUCAUCGCUUUGGAAAAUUAUCAAAAAAUAAUUCAAAAGAAGAAGCUUGAAGAAGAAAGGAGUUUUGGAUUCUGGAAACCAAAAAAGUGUGACGUAUACGUUGCAAGCUUCGGUAAAAUUAUGUUGCAGGAACGCUUGGAUCUUGUUCGUGAAUUGUGGGCACAUAACAUUAAAGCUGACUUCAUGUAUGAAGAACCAACAGAUCAUACACCCGAAAUUCUAGCUGCUUUAUGCAAAGAUAAAGGGAUAAAUUGGAUAGUGAUAAUGAGACAUAAAAAUCAAGAUUUAUACACUUCGAGAGAUGCUGUUACCAUUGUCAAAGUAAAGAAUUUGAUAAUGAAAACUGAAGAAGAAGUUCCCCGUAGUGAACUUUAUGUGAAAUUAAAUAGUGAAAUCCAAGAACAAUUGAGAAUUGAUUUGUAUGCUUCAGGAUCCAAAUUCCACAAACAUCAUCCGAUAGCACAGACAGAUCUGAUGCAUGAUUUCAGCAAUGUCAGCCCGCCAAUGUCAUUAGAAGCAGGUAAUAAUCGAUCAAAACUAUCCAUUAAGACUUUUGUACCUUCCGCAAUAAAUAAAGGCAAUAAAAAAGUGAAACACAAGCAGAAGCAAUUGCUUAUUGACAAAGCACAUGAUAACAUUUCUGGAAUGAUAAAACAUAUUAACGAUGGUAGCGUUUCUGUAGUAGCAAUGGAUGUGAGUCGUGAUUUACUGCGCAAAAUUCCAGAUUGUGAUGUACUAGACGAUGAGUCAUUUAAAAGUAAAAUACUUGAUAUGGCUUCUCCCCAACAGAAAGAAUAUUUAAGCAAUAUACAAAACCAUCUCAAAAAACUACGAACUAUAGAAAAUAACAAGCAUGUUUGGUUAUAUUCACACAGAGAUGAUUUUGGGAUAUUAUACCAAUUUUUUUCUUAA